CCCAAUUUCUGUCUGUGUCUUUGUCCAUUCCCCUCCUCCAUCCCCCAUGGGCUGCCAGGGAAGGGACAGAAUGCUCUUGCUGACAUUCUGAACUGUUCCCUUACAGAGGGCUUUCGAAAUUAGGUUGCGGACCACAGGGUUCCCACCUCUUGGAGCCGCAUACUUGUUUGAGUGCAGUGUGAUUCCUCUGGCACUUUGAAUAUGCCCUUUAGUUGAGCCACACAAUGCUCUGGGUUCCACGACUGCAAAGAGGGCAUUGUGAUCUCUGCGGCAGGAGAACAGAACCCACGUUUUUGCAUUGUUGUGCACUGAAACUGGCUGCAGUCCACCUCUUUGGGGCAGGAAAGAAACAUGAGACCGAUGUGAAACUUCUUGCUUUAUUUGGCUACUGAACCAGUGGCCUCUCAUAUUCACCAUUACGUGAUUUGAGAUAGUGCCAUAGAAAGCAAUUCAGGAAGUUAAUGUUAUCUCCUGGUGGAUUAUACUAUGUUACAAUAUGUUUUUGGUAACAACUUCCCUCCUUCAUCUCUGAGGCCGGCAAGGAGUCCAUUGUUUUGAUUUCCUCUGUUUCAGAAUGGUGAAAAGUGCUUUAUGCUCCAAGGAUGAAAUAACAUCCUAAAUGGUUUGGAGGCUGCAGUCUUUCAAGGGUUGCUUCGCCUUCUGCAUGUGCCUGUCCCACCCAGUGUGGUAGAUGCUCCAAAAACUUUGAGGUGUGGCGAUCAGAACCAUACACAGUAUUCCAAGUGUAUCCACUAAUUGCUGGACAGAUUACUGCUGUGUCGUUCUGGGAUCAAGAUGACGACAGCUGCGCCGGUGUCUGAGAAUUCUGUGUUUUCAACAGAUGCAGCCACAAAGUCUCAAGAACAAAUUCUUUAUCAGAGUUCUGGAGCGAUUGUGGCGGCCAUUGUAGUUGGCAUCAUAGUUAUAUUCACGGCAGUUCUCCUCUCGCUGAAAAUGUAUAAUAGACGCAUGAGGACAAAGCGGGAGCUGGAACCGAAGAACGCCAAAGCCACAACCCCCUCCACGCUGGGGCAGGACACCAGUAGUCCCAGUCGCACCACAACGGUGACGUUCGUCCCCAUGGACAUCCAAAUGCCAAACAGAAGGCCCUGAGGCAUGAGUGCCACAGAGGAUGACAAAUCAGACCCAAACAUGGGCCUUACAGGCUCUGGGAAGACCUGCGAUUCGUCAACAUAAAGGAAGUUAAAGACUGGAGCUGCUAACUGGAGUUGCACUGUGACCAGCUCUCCAUGUUUCUGUUUCUUUAAGAAAGGAAAAGACUGAGAUUCUCAGGACAAUGGAUGUCACCCAGUUGCAAAAGUGGCAUCUUGUCUCUACAGCUGCAGAUACAUAAGGGUAGCUGGUGGCAAGGCUGCCCCUGUAGUUGGAUCGAGAGAUGCCCUUCCACCGUUUUCUGCUGCUUCACAUUAGACUCCUCAUGGCCAUGGAUUCUGAGCGGUCCUUUGCUGGUUGGAGAUUCUGAAGACGCAAAGGGAACUCUCAUCCACCCAAGGCUGUCCAUACUGUUAGGCGGAGUGAAGUGGCUGCCUUAGGCAGCAGGUGCUGAGGGAUGUGGAGUGGGAGCAAGGUAUUCGAGGGCAGAGCUGUGACACAAAACACAGCCUUCGCAGCAUCCCCCAAACUAGCCUGCUCCUUGCAGGUGCUAGUGUUAGGAAUUUAGGGUAGGGUAGGAGGAAAUGGCUUUCUCCUGUUCGUUUCCCAUGAGAAUGAUGCAGGGAGCUGUGGUAAAUCAGUUUUCAAAGCCUCCUCAUGCCCCAAAUUAAAGAGAAGUUUAUACCUUCAGUAGCAUCGCUCCACUUCAGAUUGAGUACCAGGGAGAUGCUUGGCUGACUCUUUUCCCGUGUUCAAGGAGCUGUGCUUUGUCUUUUUACCCCUUGUAUGGGGAGCAUUUGAACAUUUGACCUCUUACAAGGAGAAGAGAAAAGGCCACCUAAUUGAUCAGGGUAGCUAGAGCAACUCUCCUGUGAGGAUGUUAGCAUGCUUGGGGCUUAAAUAGUUUAGUGGGGGCAAAGGCAAUGUAGGCCAUUAUAGAGGUAUUUAAAUUAUGCAUAGUGUGGAGAAAGAGAAGUUUUAUUUCCUCUCUCCUAACACUUGAACUUGGGGGCAUCUAAUGAUGCUGAAGGGUGGGAGAUUAAGCACAGAUGAGAUGACAGACUUCUUCGUACAAUGCAGUUAAAUUCUGGAAUUCAUUACCACGACAUCUGGUGAUAGCCACCAAUUUCGACAGCCUUAAAAAGGGAUUAGGUAAAUUAAUGGAGGAUCAUAGAAUCAUAGUGUUGGAAGGGGUCCCAAGUGUCAUCUAGUCUAACCCCCUGCAAUGCAGGAAUCUCAUGCCUGUUAGUUUCCCCUCCUUAGUCUCCAGGUUGCCCUAGUAGAACUCAGCAAGAACAAGGAUGGGGACAAAACGAGAAUUGAUUGGCUUUGACUGUGACUGGCUCUGGCUCCAGCUACUGUUGGCGUCCCUUCCUUCCAUGGGCACCAGCCACCACUGGAUCUGCGGUCAGGAUAGGGUAGAAUUUGAUUCAGUUAGCCCAGGCUUCCUCAACCUCUACCCUCCAGAUGUUUUUGGCCUACAACUCCCAUGAUCCCUAGCUAGCAGGACCAGUGGUCAGGGAUGAUGGGAAUUGUAGUCUCAAAGCAUCUGGAGGGCCGAGGUUGAGGAAGCCCAAGGAAGCCUAAAGGCAAACCCACCUAAUUUGUAUUUCCUAAAAUACAAGAACCAAAACACAGCCACCCUUCACAAUUCUAUGAAUUUUGUAGUGCAGCUCUACAGCUGAGUACUGUGCAAAAUAAUUCAU